AUGGACCUCACCUCCAACUCUUCUCAAGAAUGUUCCAGUACCACAGAUGUCCAUCCAUUACUUCACAGCACAGAUCCACCACGUGAUCUCUCUUCUAAUGGUCAGUGUAUUCCCAAUCACUCCACGACCAUCACUCUUUGUCCUCCUGUAGCGGAUGGAGAUCUCCAGUGUUCAGAGUGUGGUCAGUGUUUUUCUCUGCCAGAUGAUCUUCUUUGUCACCAGACGACCCGAGCUUGGUGGAAACUGUAUUCAUGCUCUCAGUGCGGGAAAACGUUUUCCUACAAACAUAACCUAGUCAGCCAUCAGUCCAUCCACACAGGAGACAAGCCGUACUCUUGCUCUUCGUGCGGGAGACGUUUUCUGAAGAAGUCAAACCUCGAUGCUCAUCAAAGAACUCACUCGGGAGAGAAGCCAUUUCCGUGUACCCAGUGCGGAAAAAGUUUUGCUCAGAAGUCCACCCUUGUGAGGCACAAAAGAACACACACGGGUUUCCACCCGUAUUCCUGCUCCGAGUGCGGGAAAACGUUUGCACAGAAGUCAGGUCUAGUUCGCCAUCAGGCUACUCACACGGGCGCCUACCCCUACACCUGUUCGGAGUGUGGGAAAGGUUUCACGGCAAAGUCGGUUCUCCUCACUCAUCAGAGGGUUCACACGGGAGAGAAGCCUUUUUUGUGUUCUCGCUGCGGCAAAUGCUUUAGAUAUAAAGAAAGUGCUGAUCGGCAACCGGCUGUUGCGUUGUGA